GCUUUAAGAUGGCGGCCGCCAGCCCCGAUCCGCCGACGUUAAACGGCCCCGAGGAGCUGAUGGAUCCGGCGGGGGACGAAAUUGAGGACCUGAGCGUCCCGGAGGAGGUCUGGAACAUCAAGCAGAUGAUCAAACUAACUCAGGAGCAUAUUGAAGCCCUGUUGGACAAGUUUGGGGGGGAUCAUAAUCCACCCUCUAUCUACCUGGAGGCUUAUGAAGAGUACACAAGCAAGCUGGAUGCUCUGCAACAACGUGAACAGCAAUUGCUAGAGUCCAUGGGGAAUGGCAUGGAGUUCCCAAACACUAAUCCCACCUUGACGGAACUGAUGGAGCCCUGCACCCACCUUUCUGUCACUCAGAACUCUCCAAGCCUGUUACAGCACCCAAGUGACAGUUCGAGAGCCAACCCCAAAUCUCCUCAGAAACCCAUUGUUCGAGUCUUCCUGCCCAACAAACAGAGGACUGUGGUCCCAGCACGGUGUGGGGUGACUGUGAGAGACAGCUUGAAGAAAGCUCUGAUGAUGAGGGGGCUGACCGCAGACUGCUGUGCAGUCUACAGGACACAGGAUGGGGAGAAGAAGCCCAUUGGCUGGGACACGGACAUGUCCUGGUUAACAGGAGAAGAGCUGCAGGUGGAGGUGCUAGAACAUGUUCCACUAACCACGCACAACUUUGUUCGAAAGACUUUUUUCACUCUGGCGUUCUGCGAUUUUUGCCGUAAACUGCUGUUCCAGGGUUUCCGUUGUCAGACAUGUGGAUACAAGUUCCACCAACGCUGCAGCACGGAGGUCCCCCUCAUGUGUGUCAACAUCGACCAGUUAGAUUUGUUAAUUCUCUCGCGAAUUUAUGAGAACCAUCCCAUUACACAAGACGACGUAUCGUCUGGAACAACUCCACCUGGCUCGGGGAUGUAUCCUUCAGUCCCACCCUCCGAUUCCACAGGGUCCCUAUCUCACCCAACCGCCUCCCCAACAAAGUCAAUACCCAUCCCACAGCCUUUCAGACCUGGGGAGGAAGACCAACGCAAUCAGUUUGGGCAGCGAGACCGAUCAUCCUCUGCACCAAAUGUACACCUCAAUACCAUCGAGCAGGUCAAUAUUGAUGGUCUGAUCCGGGAUCAGGGUCUACAGCGCAGUGAUGGAGCCCCCUUGACGCAGCCGGUCAGGUGCCUCAGGAAGUACCGUUCCCGGACUCCCAGCCCUUUGUUGCAAUCUUACCCCAAUGACAUUGUCUUUGAUUUUGAGCCUGGUCCCGUAUUUAGAGGGUCCACAUCGGGACUCUCUGCCACCCCACCUGCUUCGUUGCCCGGUUCUCUGACUAGCGUCAAAACGUUGCAGAAGUCACCUGGUACUCAGCCGAGAGAGAGGAAGUCAUCAUCCUCAUCAUCUGAAGACCGGAAUAAGAUGAAAACUCUGGGGCGGAGGGACUCCAGCGACGACUGGGAGAUUUCAGAAGGACAGAUUACACUGGGCCAAAGAAUAGGAUCAGGCUCGUUUGGAACAGUGUAUAAGGGAAAAUGGCACGGUGAUGUUGCAGUGAAGAUGCUUAAUGUUACAGCUCCAACUCCUCAACAGCUACAAGCCUUUAAGAAUGAAGUGGGAGUCCUCAGAAAAACCCGACACGUUAACAUCCUCCUUUUUAUGGGUUACACAACGAAGCCUCAGCUUGCCAUUGUGACGCAGUGGUGUGAGGGUUCCAGUCUGUAUCACCACCUUCACAUCAUCGAGACCAAGUUCGAGAUGAUCAAGCUCAUCGACAUUGCCCGCCAGACUGCACAGGGCAUGGACUACCUACAUGCAAAGUCCAUUAUCCACAGAGAUCUCAAGAGUAAUAAUAUUUUUCUACAUGAAGACCUAACAGUGAAGAUUGGGGAUUUUGGCUUGGCAACAGUGAAAUCGCGGUGGAGCGGGUCCCACCAAUUUGAACAGUUGUCCGGUUCUGUCUUAUGGAUGGCGCCUGAGGUGAUCCGAAUGCAAGACAAGAACCCUUACAGUUUUCAGUCUGAUGUCUAUGCAUUUGGGGUGGUUCUAUAUGAGUUAAUGAGUGGGCAGUUACCCUAUUCAAACAUCAAUAACCGAGAUCAGAUAAUCUUCAUGGUUGGUCGAGGUUAUCUGACCCCUGACCUCAGUAAGGUGCGCAAUAACUGUCCAAAGGCAAUGAAGAGGUUAAUGGCAGAUUGUCUGAAAAAGAAGCGGGAUGAACGCCCUCUGUUUCCUCAGAUUCUUGCCUCGAUUGAACUGCUGGCCAGGUCCUUGCCAAAGAUUCAUCACAGUGCAUCGGAGCCCUCGCUCAAUCGGGCCGGUUUCCAGACCGAGGACUUCAGCCUGUACACAUGUGCUUCCCCAAAGACACCCAUCCAGGCCGGAGGAUAUGGAGAGUUUACUGCAUUCAAAUAGAUGGAGCUUCAUAACCACAUGUCGAAGCAGGUGUCCGCCAUCGUGUCUUGUGUCCUUCCAGUUGUUCCGGGGUUUAACCUGCAAAGCAAAAACUACAGCUGUUGAUUGAGCUGCCUGAGACCCUUUGUAUCAUUUUAAAGACAGACUCUGCCGCCAAUUUCUGUGAAGCUGUAGUUUUGAAAUUGCUUGAUGCACAAAUACGAAUCCCCUUUAACCAGCUGUAGAAGCUGAGUGCAUUGGUUGUCUCCCUCAAGGAAGAACAAAAUGGCUUCUCUGGAUACUGUUGGGGAGAGGGACAGGGGUCAGGGUGAAGAGGAAUCUUUGGUAAUUGUGGGACCAAGGGAUGUAACGAUAGAGUGCGAUCCUCCUAUGGCAGUUGUAUCCCCAGCACCCUCCUAUUGUGUCUCUGUCCCAGAUGUGAUUGUGCAAUAACCUUAUUUAUGAUCAGGUUGAGGCCCUGUUACAUUAGAAUGGGUCUGUAGUCAAACGACUUGAUUGGUCAGUGUCCCUUGGUCACCCAUGCAAUGGGGCGCCGUGACACUUAUUUAUAUGUAUUUUAUAAUUUAUUCGUCCUUUCUUGCCGAGAGCUCACCACACUAUUCCUGCCAUCUGGUAUUCCUGCUGCUCGAGUUCUCCAACUGAUGCUUUUGACUCUUUGGAUAAUCUUUUUGUUACCUCCUCCCCUUCCGUAUAAAGACAAGUUCUUCAUGGUCAGCUAGAGUUCUGAAUGAUUGGCCAAUAGCACAGGAGGGGUGAAGCAGAGUCUGUGGGCUAUCACUCUUUACCCAUUGAAGACUUCCUCAAAAGGCUUUGGCCUCCUUGCCCUGUCUGCUUGUUCAGGUCCCAAUCAGUUAAAUUAGUUUGUUUUAUUCCUCAUGUCCUCCAGGAGCUAAUGGGAUGAGUGUUUAAUCCUGAGCUGAAUUGUAAGACAGCUUUUAAAGGGAGCCAUACAUUGAUCCCUGGCCCCUAGCUGAGUUUGUUCAUCUCUUCUGGUGCAGACAGUGUGAGCACUCCUGGGCUGGGAAGAAGUGGCAGGGCCAGGAUUCCCACUCCUGAUUACUGCCCGGGGAUCUAUGUCAGGGAAGGGCACAGUGGGAUGCUACCUUUUGUGGAAUAGCCUGUUGGCAGUCGCCCUUGAGGCUUCAGGUACUGGAGGACACUUGUGGAAGUAGUACCCUGUGAGGGGGCUUGAGAUGAUUCAGCUUUUUUUGAAGUUUUACCUAUCAUUAGGAAUCACUGCUUUAAUGAGCCACUGAAGACCCAGGCCAAUAUGUGCUAUUGUUUAGGACACUUGCAGCCUUUCUACAUGACCAGUUUCCAGGAGGUUUGCGUUGAACUGUUUGUGGGGGACCUGCUGGUCCACGAACACUUGCAAAAUAGCUGUAGUUCACUCCCAAUGUGGAUCUGGACUCUCUUUGGGUCUGAGAUAGGAUUCCCUUUGGGUCUGAGAUAGGAUUCCCUAUUUGAUUCCAUCAUUCAAGCUCAGAGCCGAGUGAGUCUCUUAUGUUGGACCUGGUGUUGGUUAGCUGCCCCUUUUUCAUCUCCUUACACUUUACAAACUUUGGACAGUAACAAUGAGCUGUUAACCGAAUCCUUCGCCUAUCAUGUUUUCCCAUAGCUCAGGAUCCAACUAGCCCAUGUCUCCUUCACCUUACCCAGAAAGGUGUUUUAAAGCAUUGAGUAAAUAGUUUUGUUCUAAGAACUGUUUUUUUUUUAAUUUGGUUAUUUGUAACAUUGAGGGGAGUAAAACUGCUUUUGGAAAGGUAGACAUUUGAUACCAGAUCAGUGUGUAUUCAUCUUGGAGCUCUGUCUGUGCUGCUGAUCAUGUACUGCAACUCACCAAACACAUCAAUAGCAGAUCACUAAUGUUCAUUGUAACUUGUUUAAUAGAGUUCUAGUAGGGGGGUAUUCUUCCGUUGCUAAACUGGAAGGCAGAAACAGCAGAACAACUGAUUCCAAUAACACACUUGAGCCAUAGCUGUUUGGAAUCAGAAUCUUUUUGAAAGACUGGUACAUUUUAUUUCAGCAGAAAGGGUGUUCCUUGGUUCCAUUUCAAGUUAGGAGCUUUAAAGAGACCAAAUCCUUUUAUUUGACAAUGUUUGGCAGUGGUCCAGUGGAAAGAUCAAAGUGAUGAGCCUUUAAUUUGAGAAUCUCUAGUUGCAAUGUGUUACAUACCUGCCCAGCACUCUUGUCCAUCUUAGUUCUGACAGUCAGAUGGGCUGUUUCUAGAAGUUUAUACUUUGGAUCCUUUUGUAUCAUCAGCAAAUUUGACUACAAUCUACUUGGUCCCUUCAUCCAAGUCAUUAAUAUAGAUCAUAAAUAGUUGAGGCCUCAACAUUCAUGAUCCCUGUGGCACAGCACUAGUUAUAGUUUUCCCAACCUGAAAAUGACCCAUCUAGCUGGGCUUUUCUGUCAUUUAGCCAGUCCUCCAUCCAUGCUAAUUUAUUACCCUCAAAGGACUGGGCAUAGUACUGCUGAACCCAUGUAGGUGAGCUCCAACUCCAUUAGAUCCAAGGCCUCAGUAAUAAUCUCCACAAAAUUGUCUUGCACAUAAAUGGCUGUUUAGAUUCCAACUCUGGAAUGUUUAAGAAGUGAAUAUCACUGAGUCUCUUGGGUCCUCUCUAAUAAAAACCAGGUACUGACUUAACUCAACUUUAGUGAUGCUCAAAUUGAGGAGAUAUUUCAGUCCACAGUACUGUGCCCAGGAGGUUGCUAGAGGUACCUGUCAUGAAUAGUGGCAGCCCCUUUUGUACAGGUCCAAGGCAUCCAUUGAAGACAACACAGCCCUUGUCUGGCGUAUACACCCCAGAACCACUGACUGCAUCUGCAAAUACAGCUGGAGGUAUAAGUUGGUAUCACCAAUCAGACACUGACCUGCUACCCUUCAUGCAGUGCACAGUAUGAUGGGUGUUUCAGCAGCAUUAUUCAGUAAACUGUUGGUCAAUCCUUCUUGUCACUGAUCCCACUCUAUCAUCUACUUGUACUGGAUGUGCUUCAGGAGGUUAGGGUCCAUAUUCAUUUAGAAAAAAAAAUAAUUCCACAAAGAUAACAAUCCUCAGCUUUUGCAGAUGGUUUGAUGGUCUACAUGAGUUUGCAAAACUGUCACUGGUGCUUCAUUUGCUCUUAGUGACCCCACUUCCUUUGAGUUUGGCUGACCUUCAGAAUAAUUGCUUUUAACAUACAAUACACAAGGGUCAAAAAUACCUAUAGGAUAAUGCUGAAGCAUUGAAUAGGUAUCUGCAGUGAGCUUUGGAGAAUUUGCCCCAUUUUCACCUAUUGAUCUGCCUUGGUAUCAAGUUGAGUGUUAGCUGCUGUUGUACUGCCCAUGGGUAAAACUCCAGCAGUGACCUUUUGUACAAAGAUGUUCCUCAAUGAGGUUACCAGCCAUGGAGUGAGAGAGAUGAACAGCUCAGUGUAAGGAGCCAGGGUUUGUACUGUGAAACAUUGUAAGCUUAUAAACCAUUUCUACCCCUCCAGAGAAAAGAAAUCCCAACACAAUCAUACGGCAGAGGGAGAGGCUAUUUGGGCCAUCUUGCCCUUCAACUCUUUGAAGGCUAUCCACUCACCUCUUUCCUCAAAACCCUGCAACCUUCUCCUUUGGCACAGUCCUCACUUACUUGACCCUUUGCAUAUGACCUUGUGCUAUUUCUCUGGCACUAGGAAUUCUUUGCAUUUUUCCCCAGAAGGACCUGACCCCAGUGCCAUAUCCAACACCUGCUACUUCAACAAGGUGCAGCAGGCUCCUAGUUAGGAAAAAAGGUCAUUGUCCCACAUUUGUUCUUUCUAUAAAAUUAGAGAACGCAAAGCUUCAAACGGUUGGUUAGUCUUCUAUUUCGUUUUGGAUCUGUGUAAAGACGAAUCAUACCCACUGAUUGCAUUUUCCUCCCUCCCAGUACCUUGGAUUCUCACUGUAAAUUUGUACAAUGGAAUAUAUUGUCAGUUUGCUAUAGAGCAUGGAUACAAAAUUUUGAUAGAUAAUUCAAAAAACCUUAUUCUGUGUAAAGUUAUUUAAAAGACUGUAUUAUAAAAAGUUAUAUGUAUGUGAAUAUGGGAAACACUAUAAUAAAGGACCUGCAUG